CUGACGGUAUUUCAUUUCAUGCCUAUCGCGAGAGCUCGCCUCCAUGACGUCACGUGAGCGGGUAGUUUGUUGGCGGAAAAGGCGAAACUUCGCGCUAUACAACAACAGAACUCAUAACAAUCAUUUAACAAUUCGACCUAAUCGCUUCAAACUCGACUGUUACGUUCUACUAAAUUUUGGUUUGUCAAUUGAAUACAGCCGCGCUUGAUUUACGUCAAACACAUGAGAUGGACUCUUCUGUCGUCUGCACUGAAACCUUUGCAACAGACGGCUGCAUCAUGUCUGGAAACCAAAAAAUCCCAAGGGAUGUGGAGUCAGACAUUGAAUCACUCUACAAGGCUGUUCCUCAGCUUACAAAGACUUUUCGCAUCAUAGACAAAAUUGGAGAAGGGACAUUCAGCUCAGUCUACCUUGGGGAGGCUCAGAUGCGUGACGGUAGCAGAGACAUGUUUGCCCUCAAACAUCUCAUCCCUACCAGCCAUCCCACUCGAAUUGCUGCUGAGCUCCAGUGUCUCACCGUUGCUGGGGGCAGGGAAAAUGUAAUGGGUGUGGAGUACUGCUUCAGGAAGGAGGAUCAUGUAGUAAUUGUCAUGCCUUAUAUGGAACAUAAAGCAAUAGUGGACAUCAUCGGCUCACUGAGUUUUGAAGAGGUUCGCCUUUACAUCUACCACCUGUUGAAGGCCCUCAGACACAUUCAUCAGUUUGGUAUAAUCCAUCGCGAUGUCAAACCAAACAACUUCCUCUACAACAGGAAAGCCAAGAAAUUUGCCCUGGUGGACUUCGGCCUGGCUCAGGGAACUGCCGACACUCAGAUCGAGCUGCUCAAGGUGGUCAAACAGAAAUGGUCACAACCCAAAGAUGGAGGCUCAAAAGAGAGACGAGACAAAGCGCCACCUAGAUCGCCCUCUACCAACACAACCUCCACCUCAUUGCCUCCUCCACCGCUGUCCACAGCUCACCCACCUUCCUUCUCCUCUUCCUCCACCACCACCAACUCUUCAACUACUCAGAAAGCACCGAUUAAAAAAUCACAUUCUUUCACUACCACAGCGGGGGCCUCUACUUCUCGCACAAAGCACACAAAGGAUUUAGUGGGGUUACGCAAACCAUCCAGGCCAGUAUUUAGCGAGAGGAACCUGAACAACUGUGCUUCACCUACCACAACCGUCAAACAAGAAACUAAGACACAGCUUGUAAAACCUGUGAAAACAGGAGCCCUCUCGAGUCGAAGUUUCCCAGCAACUGCCAGGACUCAGAAAACCCAGCGAACUGUCCACCUGCCCCUCACCUGUAACUGCUUCCAAACUGACCGUGUCUGCAACAUCUGUCUGUCUCGGAAGCAACAAGUGGCUCCCAGGGCGGGAACUCCAGGCUUCCGAGCACCAGAGGUUCUUACCAAGUGUCCAAAUCAAGGCACAGCCAUCGACGUGUGGUCAGCUGGCGUCAUCUUCCUCUCACUGCUCAGUGGACGUUACCCGUUCUUCAAAGCCAAUGACGACAUGGUGGCUCUGACUCAGAUUAUGACGAUACGAGGCUCCAGAGAGACUAUACGAGCUGCCAAGGAAUUCGGUAAGGUGGUGCUGUGCAGUCGGGAACUUCCUCGGCUGGACCUUAAGGUCCUCUGUGAGACUCUCAGAGGACAAAGACCAGAAGAAGGCACGUUGAGCAGUAAGCCCAGGGUUGAAUGUAAAGCUUCAGAUCAACGAUCUGAAACCCAAGUAGGCAAGACUCCACCUUUGUUCCUGAAAAGUCUGGAUAAAAAAACCGCACAACCUUCCUUACGGAAAGACUGCCUGACCCACGACGAACGGGGGUGGGAUACAGUGCCCGACGAGGCUUAUGACCUACUGGACCGCCUGCUGGAUCUCAACCCGACAACCAGAUUUACAGCAGCACAAGCUCUGGAGCACCCGCUCUUUGAAAACUUGUAAAUCCCACCCUCACACUAUUCACAAAAGUGUUUAGUAUGUGUUAUUUAUUGGGCUUUUUGGGUAGAAUUUCAAGAUGGACCUAAACUGCACUCAGCAUUUAAAGGUGAACGUCAUUUGACCCUCUGAACCUUUGAAUGUGUUUUUGUGACUGUUUUGGUUCUCUCUGUUGAAAACAUUCUGUGACACGCACAACUUAGUGGAACUUCAGAGACGAUUUUCCCAAGAGGAAAGUGGCUACAGUGCCAUCAACAAGUUCACAACGGAGACUGGAAGAGGCCCAGAUUAGCCUCAAAGUAGACAUCGGUGGAAAUUUUCACUUUUCUAAUUUAAAUUAAAUUAAAUUAAUUUUGUAAAGGUAGAAAUUCUGAUUUUGCAUUUUUAUUAACGUUAAACCAAAUGGUCUAUAGAUGGGUGGCAAUCAAGGGUUUUGUAAUAUUUGUUGCAUUAUCUACUCCCCCCCACAUUGGUUUAGUUAAUUUUUUAU